CGUGACCCUACUCCGUCAGCUCCUCCCGCUCGCUGGCGGACAUGCAAGCAACACCGCUCACGAUUGGCGGAAGCCUUCCUACCUCCAGCCAAUCCCGGCCAGUACAGGCCCAAGAUGGCGGAGCGGCGCCGAGCGGCGGCAUCGUUCUACCAUGUUGGGGUUUAUUUCGGCUCGUCAGGCCGGGCUCGACGAUCCCUUGCGGCUGCGCCGGGCUGAGUCUACCCGCAGGGUUCUAAGCUUAGAAUUAAAUAAAGAUAGAGAUGUGGAAAGAAUACAUGGCAGUGGUAUUAACACCCUUGAUAUUGAGCCUGUUGAGGGAAGAUACAUGUUAUCAGGUGGCUCAGAUGGUGUUAUUGUUCUUUAUGAUCUUGAAAACUUGAGCAGAAAACCAAAUUACACAUGUAAAGCACUUUGUUCUGUGGGAAGGAGCCAUCCUGAUGCACAUAAAUUCAGUGUGGAGACAGUCCAGUGGUAUCCUCAUGAUACUGGAAUGUUUACAUCGAGCUCAUUUGAUAAAACCUUGAAAAUAUGGGAUACUAAUACUUUACAGCCUGCAGAUGUAUUUCAGUUUGAGGAAACAGUCUAUAGCCAUCACAUGUCUCCAAUUGCUACAAAACAUUGUUUAAUAGCAGUUGGUACCAAAAGCCCCAAAGUACAGCUCUGUGACUUGAAGUCUGGAUCCUGUUCUCACAUUCUGCAGGGUCACAGGCAAGAAGUACUGGCAGUAUCUUGGUCCCCACGUCAUGAAUAUGUUUUGGCAACAGCAAGUGCUGACAGUAAAGUAAAAUUAUGGGAUGUGAGGAGAGCGUCUGGAUGUCUGACUACGCUUGAUCAACACAAUGGAGAGAAGUCGAAAGCAUCUUCUGAGGCAGUAAACACAGCUCACAAUGGGAGAGUUAAUGGUUUAUGCUAUACAAGUGAUGGUCUUCAUCUCUUAACUGUUGGUACAGAUGAUCGGAUGAGACUUUGGAACAGCUCCACUGGAGAAAAUACACUGGUAAGUUACCAAGAAUCUUCAGUUAGCUUUUGCUUUGAUUUAAAGGAUUUCUUUUAACUUCUGUAGUUAUCAUUACAACUGCAUUAGCUGUUUAUUUGUUGUCAUAAGAGAAAUAACAU